AUGAGUUCAAUUACGAGCAGCUUUGGUUUGGCGCGAAGAUCCAUUCGGAAAAUUUGGCUCAAAGUACGGACUUUUCUCUGAAACAGUUUUAGAAAUUCUUAACAACAGGAAUUUCAUUACUUCCGUUCGAAUCACCCAAUUUUCAUCCUUCUCUUCAUCGCAAUCUUCGCCGUUAUCUACAAUGUUUCGUGGCACAAAUUGGUAAUGACAACCCGCGCUCUAUUGAGACUCAAAACGAUCCUUGCAGCCGCCGUCAGUGGAAGGAUCGUCGGAUUUUCUGAAAAUUUUCGACAAUUUCCGAGUGACCAAACACAAAUUUGUGAGAAUGAUGGUAUUCACAUCUCGAGAUGACAUAAAUAAACUCAAAGUUUUGCAACAGAUUUGCAUUCCGUCCUCGGUUGUCGAUUAUCGGUUUUCUACAGUAGCCGAAGCUAUCCAUCUCACUCAUUUGGACUUUCCCGAGUUGGAAUUUGUGAGGGAUUUGGAUGUGGCCAAAAAGAAACUGGAAUCUGGAGAUAUUGAUAGUAGGGGAUACAAAUUUCAAAGAAAUUUAACAGAAAGCUUUCAGUUCUGAUCCAUUUCACAACACUUAUUGAGACUGGAAAAUUGAUAGAAUACAAUAUUAUCAGUCAGUCGGGAGACUUGAACAAGUACGACACUCCGAGAUCGCGCUUAGUUUAGCGGAAUCUAUCGAUCGAUAUCGUCGUUGCGUAAACUCACAAUAUCUGUUCAGACACUACUGUAUUCAUUGCGAUCACCGUCGAAAGCAGUCAUGGGGAAACGCGGUGGAAGCGCAGCAAAUCGUGAAUCGCUUCCUUUAUUGGCUCAUCAAAGCUCGGGGAUUCGUGACACGGACACCACAUUUGCAACUGAGCCACGUAUACAUUGAAGGUGUCGACUCGGAUCCGAUGUACGCCAAAAGACAGGUAAUAGUUCAGAAAAUUGGGCCACAAUAGUUUUGAGCUACUUUCAGACCGAUUUAUUCUUCGCCUGGCUCAUGCUUCUACCCAUUUGCUCGCGACUCAUCGACUCGUGGAAUGAUGAUAGAAAAUCGGGAUUUUAUGUGAGACCUACACUACUUCAAAUUUUUCAUGUUUCUUUCAGAAAAUCCUAUUCUCCCUCAAAAUUCGUCGUUUCGAGUACUUCAUUGCCAAAUUCCAAUUCUGGUACGGUAUCUCGUUGAUCCUCAGUUGCAUCGUCUUUGUUGUGAACGUUUCCGUGGUACAUUGAAUCCGUUCUCGCGGGGUUACUGUAAUUUGGAUAUUGCAGGUGUCCGGAGUGUUCACCUCUACCUAUUUACCGUUUCUCAUCGUCUACGUGGCUUGCAUCUUCGCGUUCACCAUUUUCUUAGCCACACUUUUUCCGGAAUCGCCGUUUUUCGCGAAAUUUGGUUAGCUUGAGUCAAGUUUUUUUGUGGAAAAUAAUAAUUUUAUGCAGUCGGAGCCCUGCUGAUGGCUGCCGGGGAGUUCGGCUUCGGAACAGUGUUACACGGAAUGGCAUUCUUCCAACUUUCGGUGCGGUUUUUCGGAAAAUCAAACGUAGAAGCGCAUUGGGACGACGCAGUGGCUCUCAUGUGCAUGUCUUUCAACUUUGUCCUCCUACUCGCCCUCUCUAUUUAUCUGGACACUUUCUUCUUUUCCUACAGCCACGAGCCGCUGAAAUUCUAUUUCCCGUUGGAAAGAGCCUACUGGAUGCCUCUGUCGCGGAGUCCUCAAGUGGAUAAACAUCACGUGGAUCAGAUAUUGUCUCCGUCUCAAGAUGUGGCACUGAACAAUAAGAAGUCGGGCGACAAAGAGGUGGAGAGCAAAAACGAAGAGCAGAAAACAAAGACGUCGAAUAUUCCGUUGAUUGUGCUGUACGGAGUGUGCAAGAGAAUCAAAAAUAAUUGGAAAGUGAAUCAGUUGAGUCUGACGAUUCGAUACGGAGAAAUUCUGACACUUUACGGACACCACGGAUGCGGCGGCGAGGAAAUUUUGGCGAUAAUCAGCGGAGAAAUGAAGCCAGAGUACGGAGAAGUGAUGAGGGAGAAAUCGCAGAGGGAACUGAUGGUGGCGAGAAGCAGCCACGUACCGAGUGUCAACUAUUUGAAUGUGAAACAGUACCUGAGACUGGUCAGCCAGAUGAGGUACCGUAUUCUGAAGAAGCCCCCCCCCCCUAUUAUUUUUGUUGUUUGCAGAGAAGUGUCCGUUCCGGAAGCAGUUCUUGAUGAAAUGCUCGCCGAGCUCGAUUUGACCAAAGUGGACCGCCGUUCGUUGGAUCUUUUGUCCACGACUCAAAGGGAACGUCUUCGAAUCGCAGCCGCGUUUGUCGGUCAGCCGGACGUUGUGCUCAUCGAUUGGCCAACUCAGGAAUCGCUGCCCGAAUGGAAGUACAUGAUUCUCAAUUUUAUUGAGAAACGAAAGGAGAAAAAGUAAGCAAGGUGUUCUAGAAAAUUGCGAAAAAAAAGUGAUUAACAGUAAAUUAUCCAAAGCAGCGCCAGGUCCUCGGUGCGGCUUUCACUAAUUCAGUCGCUGCUUUUGAUAAUUUAGUCGCCGCUGCUAGUGCCAUUCUUUCAAUUUUUGCCUUUCAGAGCAAUAGUGAUGACUUCGUAUGACGCAGAAGAGACAGAAGCCAUCUCGGACCGCGUCGUUCUUCUUUCUGAAGGAUACGUCAUUCUAAACGGCGCCUGUGACAACUACAAACAAUCGUAACACAUUUUUCACAGAAGCGUGUUUUCUAAAACAAACAUUUUUAGAAUGUCAAGUGUAUUCGAGAUCCGUCUGUGGCCUGUCACCUUCUUUACGAAUGAGCAAAUCGGGAAGAUCAUUUCGGCGAUCAGUAUGGGAGAUGAUCAGACGAGGAACAACGCGAAGUAUUUUGAGACGCCCAACGGAAAACUGAGAAUUACUUUGCCGUUGACUUACAGGAAAUGGUACUGCUGAAAUAUUGUAGAGCUCUUGAAAAACUCACUUUUCCAGUAUCGCAUUGAUGAUAAUGGAGCUGGAAAACUGUGCUCAAGAGUGUCAAAUUGCGUUUUACGAAUUGAGCAAACCGAACAUACAUGAUGUGUACACAAAGUUUGCACAAUUUUUGAUUUGCAGCUUAUUUUAUCUUUUUAGUGCGUGCUACGAACCCCAACAGUAUCGACCGUUGAAAAACUAUGAGCAGCUUGAUCAACUUUAUGCUAAACGUAAUUGUUUUUGUUUUCUUGUCAAAUCGCUUCAACACGCUUCUUUAUAGAGAAGACAAUAAGUCGAACUCGAUACUUUUUCAAGAAUAUGGUCCGAAUCCUGAAGGAUCGUCAAUUCUUGUACCAAGCCGCCGCGGUCGUCGGGCUCUUUGUGUUUCUCGGAUUGCUCACGCUCAUUUCGCAUCAGAAAAUGCACUCGCAUUGUAUGUUUGACAUGAAUCACUCUAGGAUAACUGUAUUUCUGUUUCAGACACUCAUGAAGUGUCCCUGGAUGCGCACGAUUAUCCGAUCAAAAUCUACUGUGAGCAUUGUGUUCAUGAAAGUUCGAAAAACGCGGAAUAUGAAAGGUUUCUUGGGAAGAACGAGUUGGAACCGAAUAAUGCUUGUGAGCCCAUUUUUUGUCUGAAAAUGUUGUUUUUUGAAAUACUUUUGAUUUACAGAUUUGUUUUGGAAGAACAACAGUGUGAAAGCGGACGAGGAGCUGGUUGCGAUCAGUCACGGAGACGACACUUUCACGAUGGUCAUUCAGAAUUUUGCAGUUUCUCAAAUUAUUGCAAAAAUGACUGGACAUUGUGCGUCUUUUCCGAAAAAAAAACAAUCUGAAACUGUUAGUUUCAGAUCCUAAAAUCACGCCUUUUCUGGAGAGUGAAGAGUUCCGCGCGAGCAGCGCCGCUCACGGAUUCUCUUUGAUUUUCAAUGAUGUAAACAAAAAUCAGGCCGCCAUGAUUUUGUAUGUGUGGAAAAACUUGUCAUUUCAAUUUUAUUUUAAUUCCAGAUCCGAAUCGCACUCGUUGAUGUACAUUCUGGGAGUAUUUCAGACAUUUAUCUACGUCCUUUCAGUCCUUUUACCAUUGAGAUUGAUUGCGGUGAACAUGAGACCGGAUGUACGAACUGAUACAUUAAUACGACUGUAACCCUUGUCUUCUUACAGAGCAUGCUUUUCCCAUGGCCUCGUUAUUUGUAUUUCGGACUCAUUUUCACUGCCAACCUGGCAAUUUUCCUGGUUUUUUCAAUUGUUCUAUUACUCAUCUUGCUCUCAAUGGAUUAUUUCCAAACUGAUACUGUAUCGUGCUUUAUGUAAGUUGACAUUUUUUUUCUGAAAAAUAAUCUGAAAACGUUCAAUUUUCAGCCAGUUCCUGGGCGCCUGGACUGUUUCGUUUGCUUCCACUCUUCCGCUCAUCUACUUGCUCGUUUUCAAUGUGAACACGGCGGCUGCGAUCAUUCCGACCGUCAUGGCCGUUUCCUCUUUACUCGUAAAUCUGCCCAAUAUGGUCUCGUCGUAUUCGGCCGAAAAUGCGAUUGCUCUGCGGGUACAGUAAUAUUUGAAAAAUAGUACAAAUUAAAAAAUAGUACAAGUACAACUCGACAGUACUCAAAGUGAAAGAAAAAAAGAUUAAAAAGUAGCUCAAGCAGCGACUAACAUGUGAAAUAGUUUUGUCGCUGCUUCUGUUACUUAUAAAUUCAGCAACAUCUUCCCUCGGAAACACAUAAUUCUCUUUAUUUCCAGACACUUUUAAAGUUUGUGAGUUGGACGUGCAUGCUGAGCCCGCCGACUUCUCUUCAAGUUCUUGCCGCUUUCCUCAACGCUGGCGAGUUUCAUGAUGAGAACCGAGGAAGUGAGUGUUUUUUUUUCACUUUUUCUCAAGCCCACAAUAUCAACCAAUUCAGCCAUUGCCGCUCUGACCGCCUUCUGCUUUGCCCAUUCCUGGACUCUUGUGGUUUUUGCCGUUUCCGUCUUCCAACCCGGCUUCGCACACUUUCGACAAUUCUGGUUCAUUUCAACGGUACAUUUUAACAUGUCUUAUUUAAUCGCUUCUUAUUUGUUGCAGACAACUCUCUGGUCGAAUUUCGAGCGGGGAACCACUUUGACUCCGGGCGCAAGGAUGAAGAACAGUUUUUUGUUUGCUGCACAAGAUCCGAAAUCUAGUGCCCCUACGAAGAGAUCCUCUGCUCCUGAGCAAAAACUGGAGUCAACGUCUCCGGAUGCAAAAGAUUUGGAGAACAAAGAAAGUCCGGAUCGUCAAGGGGCGGCCGGAGACGAGAAAGAAACGCCGUCGAAAUUGAGUAGCAUAAUAUCGGGGGCCGAACGGAGCAGCAGUAAUCAAGAGGAUAUGAGUCUGAUCACAAGAUACGAGGAGCAUUUGUGCCAGAAAGUGGCGACGAUGCGAAAAUGGAAUAAUCAGGUGGACGUGCCCAUUGACAACCAUAUUACGUACAUUCUCGGCGACUCGACACACCUCAAAAGUGCUCUUUUGCGAACGAUUGCGGAAAUGAACAGAAAAGUGAGCCCUUUGGGAUCUAAAUUGAUCAAACAUCACUAAAACUUCAGGAACAAAUCGCCUAUGUGCCCGUGGUCGAAUGUCUUCCGACCAUUUACACCCCACGCGAACUCUUAGAGAAUGUGGCCGCUUGUCAUGGAUUUGAAGUGACUGAACUGCACAUUGACUAUCUUUUGGAAGCGUUCGGUAUGAAGAUUUUAGAAUGCACUCCUAUAAGCCUUCUUACGUGAGUUUUUCUUCAAAUACGUCUUCAAAUUCUCGAUUUCCAGCGAUGCGGACCGUCGUAUCCUGAUGCUGCUCACAAAACUUGUCAUCAAACCGUCAAUUAUCAUCCUCGACCAACUCGAUCAAUUUCUUCCGCACUCGAAAAUAAUGACCGUCUGGGCACUGUGCUCCGUGCUCCGUUCCGACGGUGUCAGCGUCAUUUUCACCUCCCGCCACAAUAGUUUUGCCGAGCACAUUGCCACGAGUUGUGCUCACAUGCACAAGUGCGAAAUUAUCAACACACUUCCGCCGUCGACCAUCAAAGCGAGGUUUGAACCGACAGAAAAGGUCUGAAAAUCUCUGUUACUUCAUAUUUUCCAGUAUGGGAUGCACAAUAGUGGAGGUGACUGCGAAGCCAAGUGCACAGGCGGUGAAACCGAAUGAAAAGAAAGAAAAAGAAGGAGCGAAGAAUCCGAGAAGAAAUUAUGAGACGGACGGAAUGAGCGAGAAGAUCUGGACUGUUCUGAAGCUUGCACUCGGCAAUCAGAUUGUUUCGAUGCCCUCGACGAAGGGAAAAAUUGUGGUGAUGGUGCAAGGAGACACUCAUAAUGUCGUUGAUCAUGUAAGUUCAGGAAUGCUAAAUUUUUCUUGAAAACGGCUUGUGACAAGCAACUAAAUUAUCAAAAGCAGCACCAGGAUUACAGUACUGCUUUUGUAAAUUUAGCAGAACCGACCUUUAAGGUGCUGCAAAUUAGAGUUUAAUAGUUUCUUGAGGUUUUUAUUAUUAUUCUGAUUCAGAUAAUCAAAGUAAUCGGCACACUGACCCCUCUGAUUCAACACUAUUCAAUCCGAAAUGGAACUUUUGACGAGUACAUUGCUUCGGCUUUCUGA